AUGGCCUGGUGGAGACACUGUACCUGGACUCUGCAGCCACAACACAGACACUAUGAGCUCCUACCACCAGGGAUAUACAAAGGAGAUCGAUGGAGCUGCUGCCACCAGAAGGACAAAGCAGACCCAGGAUGUGACAAGACCAAACACGGGGUGACGUUACAGGAGUGGUACGAUCCCCUCGACCCAGAUCUGGAAUCCCAGCUCAUCUAUCGACACCUUAUUGGAGUCCGACAAGCUUUGAGGAAAAGAUACCAAGAGAUGAUCAAGCCAGAAGAAGAGGAUGACAGAGAGACUUUGGAAGGUGAGAAGAAGCUGGACGGGAUCACAAGGUUGUUCAGUGUCCUACAGGACCUGCAGAACUCCCACACUGCAGUGGAGGAGGAGGAGAGGUUAAAGAAUAGGAACUUUCUCCUGGAGCUGCAAACGUAACAGAAUGUCAAUGCAACCGGCAGUUCUCAGGCCUAGAGUGUCCCAAAUGGCACCCUAAUCCCCUCUAUAGUGCACUACUUGUGACAAGGGCACAUAGGGUAAAUGCGCUAUAAAGGGACAGAGCCCUAGUCUCAAUGUUACUCCUUUUACUCAGCUCUUGACAUUAAUUAAUUUUGACUUGUCCUUGUCAAGAAAACCUGUAUGGAACAUCAGUGAAGACAUUUUGGUCAUUACACCAUGUUCAUCAUAAAUUUCUUCUUGUAGAUGAGUUGUGUUGGGCGAUGUUCUGCUCUUCAUAUUAACUUCACAGGUCUACCAGCAACAUCCCUUUAAGAAGCACUGAUGGGGACUGGAUUUUGUUAUGUGUUUGACAUUGGGUUUGAGGUUCAACAACCCCCCCCCCCCCACCCCCCAUACAUAGUGCAGGUGUAACGGUUAUGAAUGUAUGGUACCCAUGGAAACCCAUGGAAAUUUUAACAUGAUAUGUUAACAAGGGGUUUAUACUGUACAUGAAUAAUGCAGCGAUAGUAAAGAGUAGAUUGAGACCAAGAGCAGUAUUGCUGAAGUAUUUGUAAAAGGAUCAUCCUAUUGAAAGCAUAUCAACUGAUGGCAACACUGACAUUCUGAAUAUCAAUAGAGUAGCGCUCUCGCCAUGAGGGUGCAUCUUCUUUUUCUGUGGUUGUUUAUUAAUUUCUUUGUUAAGCGUGAUUGAAUUGAUCAUGCACCUUUGUCACAGGAGUUUAAUUUAUUGUCAGAAAAUUGAACGUUUUUUUGUCUUACUUGUGAAUCUGUAAUGUUCCCAAAUCUUUCUUACAGGCUUUUAAUGCCAUGGGCUACAUCUGUGUUUUGUUGUUGUGUGUUCUAUGUGCCAUUUCAAAGUGACUAUGUGCUUGAAAUACUGUAAAGAACAAACGGGCGUAACAGCGUUGUCAAGAUCUAAUGUAAACAGACGUUUGACAUGCACAAAGAAUUUGCAGACAAGGAGAAAAAUGCAUACCAAAAUACAUUUAUGUAUAAAUAUAAUAAUGCAUGUAUUACCUGAGAAUGAAUGGACAGACCUCUGAAAGAUUAGUCUCAUACGUUCUCAGAAAUGUGUUGUGGAAUAUAUUGUAAAACCUUUGUUGCAUUCAGUGUAAAUUCUAACCUUUUUAUGUGUAAGGUUUUUAUUGUAUGUCAAUGUGUGAGUGUUAUUUUAAAUAUUGUAAAUUUUUAUAUAUUGAGCAUUUGAGUUUGCAUUUUCUAUCUGUUUUGCCAUGUGAAUGUAAAAUGUUCAACCAUUA